GUGUGUGUGUGUGUGUGUGUGUACCUUAAAGAAGACUUAUGCUUCAUUAUUUGGGUUUUUGGACCAUGUAAAGAAAGAAUUUUAGAGUCGUUUUAGAAACAUCCACUUCUAAAACUACUCCUGUUUAAAAUACUGAGUUAAAUGUGGUUUCCCACUCCUAAUCAGGCUGAUUCCUUUUAACUACAAGCUGAAGGCCAAAAGAGAAAAACUAGAAGACAGCCUCUCACAGUAAAAAAAAGAAAAAACAACUACCAUUCACCAUUUCAGUGCCUCUAAAGCUGUGCAGCUUAACAUUGCUCUUAAGAGACAGAUGUGAUGAGUUGGUUAAAGCAGCCUCGUUUGCUUUAGGAGUCCGCACAGAUGCAGCCUGUCAGGUAGUGUGCAGCAGAUGUGUUAAGGAUCUAACGAGGCCAGAACUGCGUUAAGCCAGGCUCUCAUCACCAAGCAGGGGGCUAAUAAAGAUGAAGGGAGGCUGCAGGCUGGCUGUGUUUGCUGCAUCACUUUCUGCUCCACUCCCACUGCAAAUGCAGCAGAGAUGCUGCAGAGAAAGGGUUUUACCGCCUGUGUGUAUAUUUAUGUGAAAGACCACUAAAAUGAAUAAGGGAGGGGCUUAAUAAAGGGAGGAAGGAGGAAAAUGCUCAUAUUAUGGUAGGUUAGGGAAGUUGGAAGAGGGGCAGAGCUGUUGCUGUGGUUUGCUGAGAUCUGAGUGGGGGGAGGGGUUUGCAACUGGUCAGUGAAAAAGUAAUGUCCUGCGGGGGUCUAUUGUCUGCAGCCUUCGAUAUGAAUAGAAAGCUGAUUACAGCAGCAUAUUGGAUGGCACUGCAGGGUUACGUAUAGCUGAUCAACACGUGGUGUCAUUUUGUCUUUCCAGUGAAAUCUGAUUUUUCAAAGCUCCAGACUGAGAGUUCCAUGUGAACCACACCAGAUGGAGCAGAUCUUUCCUCUCACUGUAUCGAAGCAGCUUGUCUAUUAUUAAAAGCUUUUAAACAGAGCAGUGUGUUGGCCCACGGCCAACUCCAGAGCUUGGUUGCCAAGGAAACACGUACUCUCAUGUCUAAUGGUCUCAGCUUUGUCUCUCUAUUUUAUUUUUUCUGCCUCCUCCCCAGAGGCUCAUGUUUCAAACCUGUCGGCAGUCUGCUGCACUCACACUGCUGCCUUUCAGCUAAAAGCUUUCUGUGCAGCAACUGGAUUAGAAUGGAGGGGAAAGGAGAGCGGACGGGAGUGGUUAGAGCAAAGGGGAGGGAAAAUGAAGGGCCUCCCUCAUCGUUGCCAAGGCAACUUGAUGUCAUGGUGACAUCAUGCACCGCUAAAAGCUUUUAACCGGAUUCAUCUCCUGCCUUAGGCCCCAUUUUGAGUCCUCUUUCAGCUAGGCUAUAGGGGGAAGGGGACAGGCAGGACCUUUUUGCAUAUUUCUCGCCUGCAUAACACACAGCUCUCAGCACAGUAAAACCCUUCAAGUCCAAGCUAUAAAGACUCUCAGGCCUAGAGAACCUUUAAAACCAUGGCAGCAGACGAUGGUUUCAGCUACCUAUUGCCAGUUCACAGUGAGAAACACAGACGCGCCCCCAACUGGACGGACGGUGAAAUGAAGGCCCUUCUCUAUGUGUGGGAGGAACACCACAACGAACUGAAAAUGAGCAAGAGGAACGCUAAGGUUUACGAGAAGAUGUCUCAGAGGUUUUUCCAGCUGACCGGGGAGCAGCGUUUCAAAGAGGAGAUCAAAAUGAAAAUCACCAACAUGUCUUUCCAAUACAGGCGACUGAAAGCCACAGCUGCUGAAAGUGGAGAAAUGCCGGACUGGCCGUACUUUAAACCCAUCGACAAGAUCCUCACCAAGCCGCUGGAGAAUGGACGAGUGGAGCCAUUGGAGUAUCAGGCCUUGGCUGCAGGGCCUUCCACAUCCUCCCAGACUGCAGACAACAUGGUGGCCCACCCAGAGGAGGGCAUGCUGGGAUUCCUGCCAGAGUACACAGGCUCCUCAGAUGAGAUGGAGAUAAAGCAAGAACUGGACUCUUUGAGUUCUGACAGUGACAACACACAGAUUUCCAGCUGCCACCCAAUUUCUUCAAAGAAGAAGUAUGCUAACAAGCAUCUAGCUUUUAAGAAAAAGAAGCUGCGAAUAAUGCAGUCCAUGCUACUGCAGCAAAAAAGGUCAAGCCGGGCAAUAGAAGAGACGUGCAGAGAGGUCCGUCGGGCCAUGCAUCAACAGAACCUUCUCCAGGUCCAGUGUCUGCAGCUGCAGGAGCGCAUGAUGAACCUUCUGGAGAAAAUGAUCCAGCCGUCGCCCUCCACAUUAGCGUCAUGGGCUCAGAGUGGAGUCAAAGAAACAGGGAAGAUGUGAAAAUGUGUAUACGUUUCAAAUGUUUGACAAGGUAGUCGUAUUGCCUAACCUAUAACCUCUCUGAAGCAGGAAUAAAAUGCCUUUAUUUUAUUGCAUUGAAUGGAGAGAAAAAAGCCAGAGAGUCUCUGAUGUGAUCCAGGCUGUAGUGUUUUCACCUCAAGGACAUUUGUAGCAGAUAUUCCUUUUUGAAAGUUUUAAGUCAAUAUAUAUCGGUGGAAACAUCUUUCACACUGUGUCAAUGUUAGUAAGUUGUCAUGUACCAGUUAUUAAGGCAAUAAUUUCUAUGGUUAUCAAAGGUGUUGUAUGUAAGCAUUGUCAUCCCUUGCAAAUGGACAUUGUAUAGUUUUUAAAUACCAUGUUCUUUUGGUUGCUAUUCACAAAUAUAUACUGGUCCACCAUAUGGCCAUGCUUGGUUGGAGCCUAACAGCAAUAUGACCCACAGCCUGGUUAUUGGGUGUGGCCCAGAAUUUAAUGCUGUAUGUGGAAAUUGUAUCCAAUACUGAUAGCAAAACAUCAUAUUCUUGUAACUGCUAUAUUGGUAAUAUGUCCAAUUAGAUACCAAUUAAAAUUGGCAAAAACAGCCCAAAGAUAACCUGUGUUAAGGAUGACAACAACAACAACAACAAUAACAACAACAAUAAUAAUAAUAUUAUCACAUUAACUAAUCCUUUAUUAUUUUAACAGAGCAGAAUAACAUUUGAUUAUGCAUCACUGUGACCACAGUGGCUGGUUAUUUGGCUCCACAGUAAUCAGUCCGUACAUUUGUGAAUGGGUAGCAUUGUUUUUAGGAUUAAAUAAAAUAGAGAGUCCUUUUUUUAAAAAAAGUACUACAAUGUAAAUACAACAUAAGCCUGUUUUGCAUCACUGUGGAAAUAAAACAACUUAGCUAUCUCAUAGUUUUAUGGGUUUUUACCUGUGAUUUUCUUCCUUAGCGACUUGCAUGUCCAUGUCUUAGCAGAGAAACUACAAAAUUACAGAGGCGUGAGGAUUUAGAGGAUUUAGAAAAACUGGGGAUUAAAUUGGGUCCACUGCACACAACUCCACGGUAGACAAUACUUUGAUGAAUAUAAUAUUAAUAAUAAUUACAAAACCUCCACACCUACAUGAACUUAUUCCAUGCUGUCAAGUGAUACACUCACGACAACAGAGACUGAAUAAGUUCAACCAGGUGUUUCCAACCUGCAUUAAUCACACUGUCACAUGACAUGUUUCAUAAGUACACUUUCAGUUACCCUCUUGUUUUGUGCAUAUGUACUGCUGUUGAAACACACGUGCCACACACACAAAGGCGCGCACACGCCUACCCAUUUGACCUGUUGAUCAACCGUUGGAGCUCUUUGACCAGAGAGGUGUGUUUAGUCAGCAUCCUGAGCCAGUUGCUGCAAGGUGUGAAGAACUCAGGUUACCGGAGACUAAUAAUCUACGUGUGUGUUUUUAGUUCGUUUUGAGGUCAAUUA